AUGCCGCUUCUUGCAGUCCGCAGCGCGGUAGAUCUGCAAUGCAACGCUUCUUUGGUCAACGGGACAGGCCUCAAUCUCCAAGAAUCGAUAUCAAACGUCCAGAGCUUCUGCCAGAGCUUCGCUUCUCAGACGAUUGGUACCGGAGAGAAUCGAACGACUACCUACAAGCCUUUGCUCGGGAAUUCCAAUAUGCAGAUGUCAAUUACACUUACCGAUGAUUGUGGAUCUUCGACGACAUACACUAUUGAUCAAACGGGUUGUCAGAGCCUUUUCUAUCGACUUCUCGACUCAUGUCCAACGCAACACAAGAAGGGCGCUUUGGGCUACUAUGGCGGGACCAUUCAGGACGCUUGUGCGACCUACACGCUUACCACGGAAAUUGAGGAGCAGAUUCUCUGCGGAUCAAACCCUUAUCACGACUCUUCAGACAUCUACAUCGAAGCGAUGAACAAAGCAAUCCACGAAUACUGCUCUUCAUCGUUGACGAUAACACCCAACUUUGUGCGACCAAACGGUUUCCAAACGACGAUCCCACACGGACAGAGUUUCGCGAAUGCGAUCAUGGAAGACGGAUUGGUUGUGAAGAUUGUUACGCAGUUCAAUGAAUUAGGCCAAGAAGGCUGUUCGGCCAGUAAAAGGUUCAGUACGAAGGGAAGCGAGUGUACAAGGAGGCUGGAGGGUAUCCGAGACCGGUGCGGUGCGAUCGGAGGCGUGCUAAGGGAGAAUGGCGCCAACGGAUGCGUGGCCUGGACGGUCUGGGGACGAAAGGCUUGA